ACCACGCCGUUCUCCAUUUCUCUGUCCACGGAAAGGAAGUAAUAAUUGCAAAAGUUCCCUUCAAAUUUACAUUAACACUAUGCUCAUAAAUUAAUUAUAGACAGCAAAAAUGAGAUCAAAGAAACGGAAGCAAAACAGAAAGCAAGAGAAAGAGAAAAAGAGAGACAAAAACAUUCUGUUUCAGAUUUUGAACUGUUAAAAUCAUAAAGCACAGAAGGAGACUCACAGUAUACACAGACCCGGUGAAGCAAAGAAGCCUUUUUUACUUACCUAGACUAGACAGCUCAAUCUCUCAAAAAACCCCAGCUUUGAUUCAAUCCAAGUUAUUCAACACUUUUGCCAUAUGGGUAUUCCUUCUCUUUCUUCUCCAGAUUAAUUCUUCUCCAAAAAAGAUGGACUUCACUCAUAUCUUCAUUCGGGCUCAUGUGUUUCCAUGCUUUGGUCACUUGAGUUGAUGUCAUUGAAGAUGGAGCUGGUUUUUGGAGCUUUUCUGCUAGCAUGCUUGCAUUCUUUUGUGUUGUCUGAUUUGCAAGGAGAUGCUCUAUUUGCAUUGAAGACUUCGAUUGAUCCUCCAGCCAAUCUAUUGACAGAUUGGAAUCCAAAUCAAGUUAACCCAUGCACCUGGUCAAAUGUCAUCUGUGAUCCUAAUUAUCACGUCACUUCUGUGACGUUGUCUGGCAUGAACUGUUCUGGAUCCUUGUCUCCUAAAAUUGGGGUUCUGACAAAUCUUACUACUCUAACAUUGAAAGGAAAUGGCAUAACUGGUGAGAUACCGAAGGAGUUUGGGAAUUUGUCAAAAUUAUCCAGUUUAGAUUUGGGAAAUAAUCGUUUAAGUGGUGAAAUACCAUCUUCCCUUGGCAAUCUUAAAAGGCUUCAAUUUUUGACUUUGAGUCAAAACAAUCUCACUGGAGCUAUCCCCGAAUCACUUUCUGGUCUUCCAAAUUUGAUCAAUAUUCUUCUUGAUUCAAAUAAUCUCAGCGGUCAAAUUCCUGAGCAUCUAUUCCAAAUUCAAACAUACAAUUUCACUGGAAAUCACUUGAAUUGCGGUGCAACUUCUCAACGACCCUGUGAAUCUAAUAAUAGUGAUUCAGGUUCUUCAAAUAAGCCAAAGAUUGGUAUUAUAGUGGGAAUCGUUGGAGGAAUUGUAAUUAUUCUUCUUUUCGGAGGCUUGCUGUUUUUCAUUUGCAAGGGUAGACACAAAGGUUACAAACGUGAAGUAUAUGUAGAUGUUCCAGGUGAAGUUGACAGAAGAAUAGCUUUUGGUCAAUUGAAAAGGUUUGCAUAUCGGGAAUUACAGUUGGCGACGGACAACUUCAACGAGAAAAACAUACUUGGACAGGGAGGUUUUGGAAAAGUUUAUAAAGGAGUGCUUCAAGAUAACACAAAAGUAGCUGUUAAGCGUUUAACUGAUUUUGAAAGUCCUGGAGGAGAUGCAGCUUUCCAACGUGAGGUUUGUGAUCUAUUGUGUUUAAUUGUGGAUUCAGCCUUUUUGAGUGUUACCUUUCUUGUGUCAGGUGUGAAGUUGACAAAGAAGAAUAGCUUUGGUCCAAUUGAAAAGUUAUUGCGCCAAUUACAUCAUGAUUGCUCAAUGAUCGAUGUAAAAAUGCUUGGUCAUAAGGAGGCUGGAGAUCUACACAUUGAUUCGUUUUUCGAACGUAAGCCUGAGGAGCCUGUUUUAGUUUGGGCAACAAGAAAAAGGGUGGCCUUAGGUGCACACGUGGGCAAGGCACGUGGGCUUGAAUACCUUCAGAUGAACAUUUGCAAUUCCUAAGAUUAUUUCAAUCGGGAUGUUGAGGGCUGCCAAGUCUAUUGGCAUGAAGACUUUUGAAAGCAGUUGUUUGGUGACUUUUGGCCUGGCGAAGUGGUGGAUGUGAGAAAGACUAAUGACACUCAAGUUCGUGGGACGAUGCCAACAUUGCUCCAGAGUAUUUAUCUAACUGGGAAAUAUCUGAGGAGAACAGAUGUCUUAUGGUCUAAUGGUAUUAUGCUUCUAGAGCUAUGUAACGGUAGUCAACGAGCAAUUGACUUUUUCGCCGCUUGGAAGGGGGACGAUGUCCUAUUGCUGACCAAAAGCUGGGAGAGGGAAAAAAAGACUGGAUGCCUUGUAGACCGCAACCUUAAUAAAAAUUAACAAAUUAUUCAGGAGGUGGAGAUUGAUGAUCCAGGUUGCGCUUUACUCUGUACCAAGCGUCCCGGAGGAUUCUUCCAGCAAUGUCAGAGGUUCGGUUACGGAUCGUUAGAAGGAGAGGUCUGGCUUGAGAGAUGGGAAGAGUGGCAGCAUAUUGAGGUUUCGCGCAGGCAAGAAUAUGAAAGCUUUGCAAAGAAGAUUUUCGACUGGGGAGAAGAUUCAUUAUAUAACCAGGGGAUGCUAUCGAGCUUAUCUGGCGGGAAAGAUGAUGUUUGCAGAAUUGAUCUACAGCAUUUUUGGAAGCACGUAGUUACUUUUUUUGGGUUCAGCUUUGAUAUUUCCUUUCGCCUUUUUAUGUAA